GUCCUAGGUUCCGACCCUCUGAGGAAGGCUGACCUAAGUCAACGACUCCCAAUAUCGGUAUACAUGGGUCCGAAUUCGACCACACCGGCUCCCAUUCACACUGAUUACAAAUUCUACAAUACCAGUUUGCACAAUCUCAAAGGCAUCAAAUUUAAGUAAAUCGGACCGGCUUCAAUCGACACCCAAAAGAAGACAUCGCAGGCUCUAUUGUUUAUAUAGAAACAACAAAUCACGACCAUCCACACACCAGAUAGAAACGAGAAGAGGAAUAUUUCCUACGAUUCUAAGUUUGUUCUUCCAUCCUACCAAUCGAAAAUAUUUAAAUAAAAUAUUGGAUAAGAAAAUCUGACAUCUUUCCAAUCUCUCGAGAUUCAAAGUGCUCAGUUUUAAUUUUCGACAAGUGUUUGAGGAAAUUCAGGAGUACUUUGUAUCACGUGUUCUGAUAUGGUGCUAUCAUCCCGAAAAUAAUUUCCUUACAAAAUAUUUCUUAAAAAUUACUACUUCGAGAAUUGUUUCCCCCUAAUUGUAAGAAUCGGUGGUGGAAAACCCCACGUGACUUUUUUGAAGGGAAUACAAAUGUUUUCGAAAUUCACCCUCUGAGUGGAAGAUUGGGAAAGGUGAAAGUUCGGAACAAGUGAAAUCGGCUUUUCUUUCAAAAGUGACUUUUUGCGUUUUUGAAAAAGUUGAAGUUUUUUUAGCAUGGGUGUGAAUCCGGAAAAAUCGAGAAAUGGGCACGAACUGGCACCCCUUAAUGAGGGAAAGCCACGAUCUGGACACAAUGUUUCGAUUGUUGUUCCGAUCAAUCAAAAUGCGAGAAAUCAGGAAUCGGAAGAGGGAAACCGGGCAGAAUGGAGUGGAAAAAUGCAGUUCUUUCUCAGUAUUAUUGGGUACAGUGUGGGCCUUGGAAAUAUUUGGAGGUUUCCUUAUCUUUGCCAACAGAAUGGUGGCGGGGCAUUCCUCAUACCCUUUUUCAUUAUGCUCAUUCUGGAAGGGGUGCCUUUGUUCCUAAUUGAACUGGGUCUCGGUCAAAAAAUGCGACAGGGUGCCCUUGGGGUUUGGAACACGAUACAUCCCUGGCUUGGUGGAAUCGGAAUCGCCUCAUGUAUUGUCACUUUUUUUGUGGCUCUCUAUUACAAUGUAAUCAUCACCUGGUGCUUCUAUUAUCUCUUCAAUUCACUGCAGGCUGUGACAGUUAAUUUUGGAGAACCUCUGGCAUGGGCUUCCUGUCCAAUAGUAAACGGAAAAGCGGUCGAAGAAUGCGAAAAGAGUUCUGAGACCGCUUAUUUUUGGUAUCGCACAACACUGGACGCUUCACCUUCGAUAGAGGAUGGUCAAGGAUUAAAAUGGUGGAUAGUAGUUUGUUUAUUGCUCAGUUGGAUCGUCGUUUUCUGUAUCGUUAUGAAAGGAAUCCAGUCUUCAGGAAAGGUGGUUUACUUCACCUCGAUGUUUCCCUAUUUGGUUCUCACCAUUUUCUUCGUUCGGGGGAUCACAUUGAAAGGGGCUGCUGAUGGAUUGGCUCACAUGUUGAAACCGAAGGUGGAAAAGUUACUGGAACCAAUGGUCUGGUUGGAUGCAGCAACUCAAGUGUUUUACAGUUUUGGUCUAGCGUUUGGAUCACUGAUAGCCUUCGGUAGCUACAAUACCCCUGAUAAUAAUUGUGUCAGGGAUGUCAUCCUUGUAAGCUGCUGCAAUGCUUUUACUGCUAUAUACGCCAGUGUUGUUAUUUUCUCGAUACUCGGAUUCAAGGCUAUGAGUAACGUCGAAAAGUGCCUUGAUAGUAAUGAACAUCUACUAAUCAGUAGCGGAUUUUUAUCCGAAAAUUCCACAACAGAACUGUACGAUCUUGCAGUGAGUCAUUACAAUGCAAGUUCGAAUUUAACGUUGCCUAAAUGCGACCUAGGCGAACAACUGAACAAUGCUGCUGAGGGAACUGGUUUGGCAUUCAUUGUAUUUACACAAGCGAUAGUCGAGCUUCCAGGUGCACCAUUUUGGUCCUGUAUCUUCUUUUUGAUGCUUCUUGCUCUCGGUUUAGGAUCUCAGAUUGGUCUUCUUGAGGGAAUGCUUUGUGUGAUUUUCGAAGUUGAUCUUUUUAAAAGGAUCAAAAAACAAUAUAUGACAGGUGCUGUUUGUAUUUUUUGCUUCCUCGUGGGUCUCAUAUUCUGCACUGGUGCAGGAGAAUACUGGCUAAAAAUGUUUGACAGUUUUGCGGGAACAAUUGGUCUCGUACUAGUUGCCCUAAUGGAGAUGCUGGCAGUGAUAUUCGUGUACGGGCACGAAAGAUUCACUACAGACAUUGAGAAUAUGACAGGCUACAGACCAGGCUGGUACUGGCAAAUAACCUGGAGGUUUUUAGCCCCCAUUAUCAUGAUCGCAAUUCUCAUAACAAGUGUUGUCUCCAUGUUUAUAAAGAAACCAACCUAUCCUGCGUGGAAUGCCUCCCUGGGCAAAACGGAAAAUACAAUUUAUCCAGACUGGGUACUUGCAAUCGCAGUGGGGAUAAUUCUGAUAGGAAUUGCCCCAAUUCCUAUCGUCUUUUUGCUCAGGAGGUUCCAAUGCAUAAAACUUGACGUCGAUAUUCACCAGGGAAGUAUUCGUCGAAUUGACACAACGGUAUCUACGAAAGAAAUGAUUGGUGAUGUCGAUAUUGACGACUAUCACGAUCGACUUGAAGAUUUUCCUGAGGAGGAUGAAAAUAUCGACAGCGAUGACGACAACAAUGCCCCACCCCGAAUGAAAAAUAGGGGGAAAAACUUUGAAAUGGAGGUCAUAAACUUCAGAGUUUAGCUCAAUUUUCCGAAUUUUGGUUAAAAUAUGCGGGAAAAUGUGAGAGUGAUAAAAACGAGUAGAAUAGAAUGACGAAUUGUAGUUUCGUGAGUGAACGUGUGUAAAAAUCAAGUUUGCAGAAAAAAUGUUAAAUGAACUUAUUGUUUUUAAAUAUAAACUGAAAAUAAUUUCUGUGACGUUUUUUUAUAUUUAUUUUUUUAAUUUAUAGCAAAUAUAAUGUACUAGUUCUAUGUGAAGAAUUCCAAUUUUUUAACUAUUUUACAAAAGUGUUUUACAGUGACGGUUUAGCAUCACAAACAUUUUUUGUUUCUUUCUAAUGAUUUGAUUAUAAUUACAGCAUUUUCACUCCGCCCAAUUUUACAGUCUUGAAAAUGUCUCUUCCACUUUUAUUGUUUAAAAAUGUUAUUUUAUUUAUCUGCAAACUUAUACUGCUAGAUUUAGUUGUAAGUUUCUGUAAAUUGUAAGUAGUCAAAUGAAAUGCUAAAUUUUGUUUGAUGAGCGAACAAACUGAAGGAAUUUAACUGCCAAUUAGCGAUAGUUUCGCUAAAAGAUAAAAGGAAAAACGGUCAAUAGUUUAGUAUUAUAAUAGUUGACAUGGUGUCGAUGCUGUCUGCUCUUUAAUGAAAUCUUUAUCAGAUUUUAAGGAAAAAACUCAGCCAUUUUUUGGCUCUUUAAACUUAUAUUCAAAAGAAAUCCAACUUAUUCAAUUUCGACAAGAAAAUUUUGAAAAUCAAUCAUUUUCUAAAAAUUAUGCCUGAUUAUACAAAAAAUUUAUUAAAAAGGCUUUCUAAAUUAUACAUUAUUCUCAUGGGAUGAUCAAGACAAAAAAAACAAAAGAAAAACUGAAAAUCUAAGGAGUUGUCCAUAAACUACGCUAUCAAUUUAAGGAUUUUUUUGCGAACGAUGGCCCCUCUUUUCCGCUUUUUUAAAUAAUUCUUCUUUUUAGGGUUUUGUAGCCCAGGGCAAUAACUCUUGUAGUUUCCAUCGGAUAUCCGUCCAUUGCAAUUUUUCAGAACUCGAGACGAGAUUCGGGACGAGGUUCGAGACGAGGGGCUACUCACUAAGAAAUGUUAGGUUUUUUCGCUCGAAUUCUUAAGAGAACUCUUGGAUGAUCACUUGGAAAUCUCUCAGUUCUGACUGAUCAAAUCUCUCAGUUCUGACUGCGAGAAGCAUCGGAAAUCCUGGAAUUCCCGGAAAUCUCAACGAAAUCUUGAAAACUUCUAUAAGAAUUCAAUACAGAUUGCCGCACUUACAGUUUUUAAAUUUACGAAUUUCGUAGUGUGUAGCUCCUCGGUUUGACUCGAGAUUUGAAAAGAGAUUCGAGGCGAGGUUUGAGACAAGAUUCGAGACAAGAUUCGAGGCGAGAUUCGAGGCGAGGUUUGAGACGAGAUUCGAGACGAGAUUCGAGGCGAGGCUAGGCGAGAAAGUGAAAUUUUGUAGGCGUAUGUCGCCUGUUGUAACUAUUUU